AUGGCUGAAAUUCCCUGUUCCUCCCGACUCGAAAGAGUCCUCCGAUACCUCCUUCAGCAUCAGAACCAACCAGCAACACAUCCAGAAUGCCAAUGCACCCACCACCAACACAACAGUCCAGACUGGAUCUUCAACGCAGAUACAUGGUCCCAACUCGAAACCCUCCGUCGACUACUCUGCCAACGACCAGCACUCCCAAAAUUCCCCGCUGACAUUCUAGAAGACAUCGAGGUAGUCCUCACCUACUGGAAUAGCCACAAUCUCCUCACAUCAACCAAACAAAUCAUCCCCCGCAUCACCAUCCAAAGCAAAAGCUCAACCGCCAACUCUAUCAAAAUAUCCUGCUGGAAGGGCGACAUCACCACAUUAACCGAUAUAACCGCCAUCGUCAACGCAGCAAACUCCCAACUCGAGGGCUGUUUUCGCCCUAAGCAUCGCUGCAUCGAUAACGUGAUCCACUCCGCCGCAGGACCACGACUCCGACAGGCUUGUCACGAUCUCAUCCAGGCGCAGGGGUACUCUGAGCCCAUCGGUUCUGUCAAAAUCACACCUGGCUUCCUCCUGCCGGCCCAGUACAUCCUGCACACCGUCGGCCCGCAGCUGCAUCAGAACGUCAAGCCGCAGGCGCACCAGCAGGCGCAGCUCGCGUCGUGCUACCAGGCUUGUCUUGAUAACGUGGAGGAGUUACCCCCGCUCGAUGACGGCAGGAAGGUUGUUGCUUUUUGCUGCAUCUCGACUGGGCUGUUUGCGUUUCCGUCGGAUAUGGCAGCAAAGAUUGCUGUGAAUGCCGUGCUAGACUGGUGUGCGAGACAUCCCAAGACAAGUAUAACGCAUAUCAUCUUCGAUACCUUUCUAGACAAGGAUUGGGGUUUGUAUCAGGAUAUCUUGUCCAAGUUGCACAGCUCUUCCGAGAUAGACAUCGAGAUUAUGGACUGGGAUUAUACCUAUACCCAAAAAGCACUGCAUCAGCCAUCCACCCUUUCUCCCUCCCUCCUCAAAGCCCGCACCUGGCUCCGCCAAGCGCACGCCCUCAUCAUCUCCGCCGGUGCAGGCCUCUCCGCCGCAACAGGGCUGGACUAUACGUCCCACUCCCUCUUUGCAACCCACUUCCCCGCGUUCUUGCCCAAAAAACUCCACACCCUCUACGACGUCUUUGGCUACAAUGACUGGGACAGCCCCGCCCAGAAAUGGGGCUACUUUUUCACGCACCUCGACAUGGUGGCGCGGUGGCCCGAGGCGCAGUGCGAAGUGUAUCGCAUGCUGCGCGUGCUGGUGUCCCGCUUCGAGGAGGAGCGAUGGUUCGUGCGCACGAGUAAUGCGGAUGGAUUCUUUGUGAAAAAUGGUUUUGAUCCAGAGAGGAUAUCGACGCCGCAGGGCGGGUAUCGGUACUUGCAGUGUGUGACUAAAUGUAGGCCUGGUGCGGUUGUUGAGUCGGCGCCGUUGGUUGAGCGCGCGGUGGAGGUUGUGCAUCCGGUGAGUCAGAUGCUUCUAGAUGAGGGGUUGGUGCCGAAGUGUGAGUAUUGUGGGGGGGAGAUGACGCUCUGUGUUAGGGGGGGUCCGUACUUUGAUGAGACGCCGUUUCGGGAGGGGGAGAGGAAGUGGGAGAUGUUUUUGGGGGGUUUGGAGAGUGAGGGUGGAAAGGAUGGACAUGCUAGUUCUGGCUCGGUGGUUAUUCUUGAGUUGGGUGUUGGAUUGAAUACCCCAGCUGUGCUGCGAUGGCCGAAUGAAGAUUUGGUUGCUGAAUCGGAGAGUCGACCGUUUCGGCUGAUUCGUGUUGGGAUGGAGGCUUCUGGCUGUGUGCCUUGGGAGUUGGAAGAAGAUGAUCUCGCCGUGGGUAUUUCUGGGGAUAUUAAGGCAGCUGUGGAUGUGUUAGUAUCGUGA